AUGACUACCCUGGUGCAACGAAAUACCGAAGGAACGUAUUCCUUUGCUAGUCAGCCAAAAGCGGUAGCAGGUAGAUCCAAGUACAGGGAUGGUGAGCUCAAGUUCCCCGGGGUUGAACGGGAAAGUUAUGGAAAUAUAAUGUAUGAUAAACGAGUUAUCAGGGGAAACACAUAUGCGCUGCGUGUCGCGUCGACCCACUGGGGAUCAACCAAAAACGUUGGGUCAACUGCUUCUUCUAGGAAAUUCAAUAAGCUCCGGAGGACACAAGAAGAUUACAAGGUACAUGAAUUUCUUAUAUCACUCUCAUCAGAACCUUUCGCAGUUUUAUCUCGUUUAUCUCAGCUACCACCGGCAGAACUGUCAGGCCGACUGCAUGUUCCGGUGCAAACAGAACAGUAUCUGGAAGCACUGACGGAUAUUAUCGAUGAAGCCGACGUCGAAUGUCAAACAGAUGCAUUCCUGGACCGACCACCAACGCCGCAGUUCGUUCCCGCAAAAACUGGUGCAGACGUUGAGACGCAAAUUUAUGAAGGUGAUGUAAGCAUUUGUUUCGAGUGUCUCAUCACAUUUGUUUUUCUCCCACUGAUAUUCUACCCUUCUCCACUCAAACCACCAAACGUAAACGUCUGCACAAAGCUGUUUGACUUCGACCUGGAAGUGCGCGAAAUUUUAGAAGUGUUGUUGGGGAAAACGUUGGAGCAGGCACUAUUGGAAGUGGCUGAGGAGGAGGAAUUGGCCGAUCUACGUGCUCAACAAUCUGCAUUUGAGGAAAUACGUAGUGCAGAGAUCGCUGAGGUUCAGCGCUUGAUGGAACAAGAUAAGCGGUUAAGAACGGAAAAGGAAGAACGUAGACAACAAUACGUGGCUGCAGUCGCACAACAGAAAGAACUUGCAGCUAAGGUAGCGGCACGGGCGUUUGCCAAGGCCUACCUCUCAGAUUUGCAACCACGCGUUUUUGAUAAACUGAAAGAACAAGGAUACUUCUAUGACCCGGUGGAACAUGAUAUUGAGAACGGUUUCAUCCCGUGGUUGAUGGAAGAAGUCGAAGAAGAACUGGAACUGGAUAAUCGGGCAAGGGCCUUGUUGGACCUGAUGAUUCGCGAGGUUGUCACGGAAAGAUACAAUGAAUACCACCAGCUAGAGCUGAUGGACGAGCAACGAGCAAAAGACCUUCUAAUCAAAAGCCAGCAGGCUGAUCUACAGAAGCCGGAAGAACCGCAAGAUUCCUUGUCCGUAGUCCAGUCCGACGUACAGCAGCCAAAAGUGGAAGAAACAGAAGAGCAGCCAGUCGAAAGAGAAAUGACUUCGUUGGAUGAGGUCGAAGAGGUUGAAGAAAAGGAGGAACCGACGGAAGACACAGAAGAACUCGAGUAAGCACAGAAAAGAAGAAAGAAUUUCCUCCACAGUGGGACGAAGCAACUGGGCUUUCUAUUUCGAUACGGAUACGAAAAUUUAUAGUUUGGCUAUGCUAUUUUAUACUAGUCAUCAGUGUUCAAUUCAUGCAUUUUGUUCGAG